GAGGCGGAAGCCCUCCCCCUCUUGCCCCUUGCCGACACACACACACACGGUGCCGGUCCCCGAGGUGCCUCCUCGCUGGCGGAUGGACACUUCGCCGGGCGUCCCGCUGCUGCAGCGCUCCGCGCGCCGCGAGUGCUCCGGUACUGGGAGAACGUUCCUCGCUGGCAUGUGUGCGCUCUUCGUUAGUUCCGUCCUCCUUGCCUCCACGGACAGCCAGUCUAGGAUAUUCGAGGGCCUGCCUGCGUUCUUCCUUCCGUCAGCCGCCGACUCGGCAUCGCCCAGCCGCCAGAACGAGGCGCGCUCGCGCCAGGGCUUUGCCGAUGACUAUCAGGUUACGUCUGGUGGCGUGAACUACGCCGGUAGUCGGUAUGAUGCAUGGUCGAAGCCUCAGGGCUGGGGAGAGCCGCAGACGUACUACCAGCAGCAGGGCUACGCGCCGAACAACCAGCAGAGCUCGUAUCAGCAGCACCGUCCCUCACAGCACCACUACCAGCAGCAGGGCGCUUUCUUUGGCCAGGCCGGAGACCCUUUCAUCUCGCCCCCGCCUCCGCCACCCACCCCUGCGCCUCCGCCUCCGCCGUUGCCGCCGCCGCCGCCGCCACCCUUGCCGCCUCCGCCGCCGCCGCCGCCGCCGCCGCCGCGCCCGCCGCCUCCGCCUCCGCCGCCGCCUCCGCCGCCGCGCCCGCCGACUCCGCCUCCGCCGCCGCCCUUCCCUCAAGGCGCAGCCAAUCCCGCCGCCGCUGCCUACCCCGGCGCAUACCCCGCCGGCGCAUACCCCGCCGGCGCAUACCCCGCCGCAUACCCCGCCGCCGCAUACCCGACGGUCCGGCCGGUGGCGUACGUCCGGCCCGCGGCGCCGGGCUACGGCGGCGGGUACGGGUACGGGGCAGGGAGUGCCGCGAUAGGGCGGGGCAGGGGGGCGGCGGCCGCGGCGGGCCGCGGCGGGCGCGCAGGCCGCGGAGGCCGCGGAGGCAUCGCGCACGUAGGCGGAGGCCGGGGCAGAGGCCGGGGCGGAUAUUCCGUGGGCGGCUACCGGCCGGUCCGCCCUGCUGGGGCUGGCGGGCAGGGGGGCGGCGGCGGCAUGGGCGGCAUGGGGGGCGGCAUGGGCGGCAUGGGGGGCGGCAUGGGGGGCGGCAUGGGCGGCGCCGUGCAGGGCGGCGGCGAGGCGCUGGGCGACUUCGCCGAGCAGAGUGGGAACCCGGCGCUGGCGCACCUGAGCCAGGGCGACGUGGGCGGGCUGCUCUCGGACGCGAAGAAGGACCCGACCGGCGUGCAGGCGAUGGAGAAUUGGGACGCAAAGGUCGGCGAGAAGGACCCGACCGGAGGCAUGGUCCACGGCGGUGUGGAGGCGUACAAGUCGGGCCUCGUCUUCCUGCAGCAGAGCUACGACGAGCACCCGGACGACCACAUGAUCCCCGGCGUUAACCUCGCGAGCAUGGGCUGAGAGGCGUCUCUUGGCCGGAGCCUCGCCGCGCGCGCUCUGGUUUGGUGGCCGGAGAUGGGGCGGAGUUUCGCGGCAUGGGGGAUUUGGGGGUUUCCCGUUUCCCCCCUGGCUCCCCUCGAUAGCCGGGGUAGCCUCUACACUGCAUCGAUGGCGUGUGUCCGUGGGUGUGUGUGUGUCCUGAAGGCUGGAUGUGGAGCGCCUGGAAGAUCAGUGUGACAUAAUGGGACCGAUGGUGGCUCAUGCGCAUGCGGCUUGCGGCGUAGCGCACGGCCCGAUUUGAGGCAUGAUACGUGGAACGUAAGAGAUUUCCCCCUGC